UUCCAAAUAAUUGGCUUCCUCAUAGUUGGAGUUAAAUAAAGAAAGAAGUAAUAAUACUAAAAAAAAAUAGAAUUGCCCUCUAUAAAAUAGGUUACACCGCACUUAUAAACCCUUCUUCAGCUUCCUUGUUUCCUCGUGUCUGUGUGUGAUUUGGACUUGAGAGAGAAGAAAAAGACACUCGGAAGAUCCUCACUGCUGCCCUCCGAUUCAACACAUGAUGUCUGAGUUCCAGUACCACGAGGAUUACAUAAGAAACUCAAGGGGUGUUGAGCUGUUUGCUUGUAGAUGGAUCCCAUCUUCCUUUCCCAAAGCUCUUGUUUUCCUCUGCCAUGGUUACGGAAUGGAGUGCAGCGACUCCAUGAGAGAAUGCGGAAUCAGACUAGCUUCAGCCGGAUACGCGGUUUUUGGUAUGGACUAUGAAGGUCAUGGUCGGUCCAUGGGAUCUCGUUGCUACAUCAAGAAGUUUGAAAACAUUGUAAAUGAUUGUUACGACUAUUACACCUCUAUUUGUGCGCAAGGGGAGUACAUGGAGAAAGGCAGAUUCUUGUAUGGAGAAUCUAUGGGAGGCGCAGUCACUUUAUUGCUUCACAAGAAAGAUCCUUCCUUUUGGAACGGCGCCGUUCUUGUCGCUCCAAUGUGCAAGAUAUCAGAGAAGGUGAAGCCACAUCCGGUGGUGAUCAAUCUGUUAACUAGAGUCGAAGAGAUGAUACCUAAGUGGAAAAUAGUUCCAACAAAGAACGUGAUUAACGUUGCUUUCAAGGACCUUGCCAAGCGCGAAGAGGUAAAGAACAAUAAGCUGAUAUAUCAAGACAAGCCUAGGCUCAAGACCGCACUUGAAAUGCUUAGGACAAGCAUGAACCUCGAAGACAGUCUCGACGAGAUAACAAUGCCCUUCUUUGUGUUACACGGAGAAGCAGACAUAGUGACGGAUCCAGAGAUAAGCAAAGCCUUGUACGAGAAAGCUAGCUCAAGAGACAAGACUCUCAAGUUGUAUCCUGGGAUGUGGCAUGCUCUGACGUCAGGUGAGCCUGAUAACAACGUCGAUCUUGUUUUUGCUGACAUCACCAGUUGGCUUGAUCGUAGAACAGCUGACCCAGCAUCUCUCACUGUCACUCCUGUACGAGCUACUACCACUGCUAGUGUGGAGAGAGUUAUUGUGACAAGUAACGGUAAAAGGAGAGCUAAACGUAGCUACUUGAACCUCCUAUGCGGUUUGAACGGUGGACGUUUGGUUCCUCGAUCUAGUGGUGCUAUGUAAAUGUAAUAAUUUCAAACAAAAAAAAAACAGAGAAGAUGAUACUGUUGUUUCUCAGUCUAUUUAUCUGGAAAAAGAGUUGAGCUAUUAAAAA